UUGAACACAACCCUGCAUUAGCACGAAUUUUCGUGUAGCUCAGAACGAACGAUAUUAAAUAGCAUAAAAAUAAUUUUCUGAUGGUGGCGAGGUACUCUACUUUGGAUUGAUAGAAAUAUUUUUAGUUUUUGUGCGAAAUACAGAGCCUUGUAUAGUUUAUUUUAGGCGCAUUCGGUUUAUCUAGUUCACUACAUAAACAACAAGUAAUAUCUUUUUCAAGAGAAGCAGUUUUGGAACGUGAAAAAGUACAGAAUGCGACGCAAAGCAGCUGCGAAAGCCUCACCUGAAAAAGUAUCUCGCCGUACAUCAAGACGGGGUCGGCAAUCACCUACGCUAAGCCCUGAUCGAGAUGAAGAUCACGACCAACAGCCUGAAGCUGAAAUCGUAGAGCAGCAUAAAUCAGAUCAGAGUAACUCGGAAGCAGAGGAACAAGAAACGCGGAAAAAGGGUAGAGUUCGUAGAGGUACGCGUGCUAAGGCGUCCGAGGAGAGAUCGGUUGCGAUUCCGAGAAGAAAUACUCGUCGUAAAUCACAAUCCGUCGAAAAAUCGGAUAAAGAAGAAAGCGAAAAAGAAGAAAAUGGCGAACAAACAAAGGAUAUAGAAACAACUAUAAUGGAAACAAUUCAGGAAGAAAUUCUGGAGGAACUGUCUGAAACUGUUGAAAUAUCUAAUGAAACAGUAAACAACGAUGAUCAAGUCAACGUUUUUGUCGAGCCAGAACUAGAAGAAAGUACCACCCAAGAAGUGGAACAACAUUUGGUAUUAGAUCAACACAACGGAGAUAAUAUUGAAACGGAUGCAUCUGAACUGGUGGAAGAUGGCAAAACGGAUUUGUGUGAUCAGCCUCAAGAGUCUGGUGCAGUAGAUUCAGAUAUUAUGCAGGAAGAAGAAAGUCAACAAACGCUACCAAACCAAGAAAAAAUAGAAGAUGCUUCUCCGGUGAAAGCUGCUUCUCCGGUGAAAGCUGCCUCUGAGGAUGAAAAUUCAUCGGAAAAAAAUCAACCGCAAAUACAGCUUCCGAAACCGGCGCGUAAGUCUCGCUUUAGUUCCCGGUCUAAAACUCCUGAAAGAGUAACUACAAUUAUUGAAAUACCAUCAAUACAAGUCGAUGAAAAACAUGACGAUGAACUGGAAGCAGGAGAAAUCAAGGAAGAUGUGGUUCUUGCACGCAAUUACGAGAAAAAAAAUGACGAUAAACCGCCUCGUAAACCAUUACAACGAAAGCGUCGGUGGUUAUCUUCUAAAUCGGAUGCAAAAUCAUCAGUUAUAACCAUUUCCACUGACUCAUUGAAAAAUAUUAUUUCCGAACCGGUUCAGCCAGUUCCACUUUCUGAUGUAAAGCUGGAUUCUUCGCCGGAACCUGAGGAGAUCGUUGAUAGUAAUGAAGAUCCUCCAGCUAUAGAACGUCGUCAUUCAAGGGACAAACUGUCAUCAAAAUCAUCGGAAAAGGAAAAUUUAGAUCUGGACAUUGAAUCUGAACAAAAACCAAAACCGGUGGAUAAGAGUAUGAUAACGCGUAAGAUCAGUAUCGUUAGUGAUAACGAAAAUAACGUGGUUACCAGACCACCCAGUCCACCUCGGCAUCAUUCCAGCAAUAUUCUUUUCAUCACGAACUUGGUGCGACCAUUUACGGUGUUACAAUUGAAAGGUUUAUUGGCUAGAACAGGCAAGAUAGUAGAAAACGGAUUUUGGAUUGAUAAAAUCAAAUCCAAAUGUUUUGUAAAAUACGAAACUGAGGAUGAAUCGAUUGAAACACGUCAUGCACUUCACGGCGUUCGUUGGCCUACGUCGAAUCCCAAAUGUCUGAAUGUAGAUUUCGGAAGCGAGUCUGCUAUGGAAAAAGCAAUUAUAUCAACGUUAGACGAAACUGGAGCAACACGAAUAACUAUCGACAACUCGAAGGAUUCAAAGGAUUUCGGUUGGAGUCGUGAUUCAAUGAAGCAGAACGAAGAGUUGCACGUUACGAGGCCAGUGCGAGAAUGGGACCUUGGGAAAAAAGACACUUUCGAUCAUGAUCGUGUAGAGGGCGAUAGAAGUGGACGAGACAAGGAGCGUGAUCGCGAGCGAGAUCGUGAUCGUGAGCGAGAACGUGAUCGCGAACGUGACUUGGAUAGGGAGCGGGAUCGGGAUCGGAGUGGACGCAACGAGGGACGAGGAGAUCGCGGUACACACGGCGGGAGAAGGCGUUCGAUGGAUAGGGACUACGGCAGGGAUCGGGACCGGGACCGAAGGCGAAACAGUGCCAGUUUAUCACCUGCAAGAAAAUUCAAGAAGAAGGAGAACGAGCCCCCCAUUCGACUAUUGGAUGAUCUUUUUAGGAAGACAAAGACGACUCCAUGUAUCUAUUGGUUACCGUUGACGGCUGAGCAGAUCGCUGCAAAGGAAGAACAACGUCGCAAAAAUAUAGCAGAAACACAACGGCGCCAGGAAGAAACGCGUAAACUGGAGGAGGAACGCCGCAAAGAACGUGAGCGACGUGACCGCGAGCGCCGCGAACGUGUUCGAUCGAAUUCGCGAGAUCGUCGUCGUCGAUCACGUUCUCGUGACGACGGGCGACGACGCCAUCGAUAAGCGGCUUCGAGAGCCUGUAAGAACGAAACAAAAGACAGAGAUAGCAAAUGGUUCCCCGGACGCCGCGUACACACGUUGCCAGUGAAAUUCGGAGACAACUUCCCAGGAGAUCCAAUACGCCCUUUUCGGGUAUUCAGCGAUGAUUCCAUAUAGGGUCUGUGCGCAAUGUUAUUGUUUCUUUUUAUCAUUAACUCUCAUGCAGAUUUUAGUUUUCCCUGGUUCUUGUUUCUAUCUUAUUUUGUUUCGUUUUUUACCUAAUUUUACAGUCAAUGUCUAUUGUUUCAAUCGUUCCAGUUGAUUGCAACAAUUUAUUUAACUCCAGUCAUUCUCGACUUGAUAGUUUUACAGGACCACCAUUUGUUUUGCUUUCAAUUUUUACUAAACUAUAUAGUGGUAAAAAUCAUUUACUAGCAAAGUAUUGUUUCGUUUUCGAAAUUUGUACGAAACAGUAUUUGCUAAGAUUCGUCGUUUAAACUAUUCUAUUACAAUUUACUAACAUUUUCCUACGAGUUAAGCAACAGUA